CUUUACUGCUCCGCCCCAUCACGAAGCUCCAGUUCAGAGAAUGAGUGCAGGGCCUGAGUGUGACUUUGUGUGACUCAGGCUGGCAAACAUAAAGUCAUCUCAGGAAUAUUACUGCAGCAGUAGGAUGAGUGCUCUUUCCUGAGGGCACCAUGUAAAGAUGAAGUGAGCGCCCUCUUCCCCUAGACCUACACCCUGAAUCCAGGAGGCAACACAGAAGCAUGGUGGUGGAGGAAAUCACCAUUACGCUCUCCGGUGGAGCGCCAUGGGGCUUCAGACUUCAGGGAGGUGCAGCGCACCAGAGACCACUGCAGGUUGCCAAGAAUGGAUUCGGUCAGCGCCAACGCAAGGGAAGCUGAUUUUUAAUAUUCAGGUGUCCUGUCUAUGGAUGUCAUCUCCCUGUACUGGUGUAGGUGCGCAAGCGCAGCAAGGCAUGCAGGGCAGGACUGCGAGAGGGGGAUGAGCUGGUGUCCAUCAAUGAGAACUCCUGUGAGCAUAUGUCCCAUGCUCAGGUCAUGAACUUCAUUGAUAGCAUCCCUGGAUCACUGCGCAUUCGAGUAAAGAGGGCACCGGCUGGAUUCCAGUCAGUGGUUCUGGUGGCCCGAGCUCCUUCUCCCCGCAUCGAUAAAGAGUACCGUGCUGCCCUAAGGGCCAAAUCCCCAUCCAGCUCCAAAAUGCAGCAGUCUAGUGUUCGACAAGCGUACUACAGUUCACCGAUGUCCCAGACUGUCCGUAGUGGCGUCACCUCCCCGUUUGGCAGUGAGGCCUACUAUGGAGAGACAGACAGUGAUGCAGAUGUGGCAGCCCAUGACCGUCAUCGUAAGCAGAAGCGCCGCAGUCCCAGUAACUCCCCAGGAAAAGCAGGCUACACUUCUCCCGAAAUGGGAGAAGCCUCUGAGAUGAGUGGUUAUGACAGUGCACCAGAUGUCCAGGGCUACACCAGGAUGGGGCAUGGCUCUCAGGAGGGCACCCUGCCUGGUGUGGUUCGCCGAGAGGUGGUGUACCAGCCCCCUCCAUCUGGAGCCUGGUCCUCCCAGACCUCAACUGAGACCUCAUCCAUGAGUGCAGAUGAGCAAAGUUCUCAGGACCUUGUAUUGGAGGAGGACAGUGGGUUCCAGGAGCCUGCUAACGUACCACUGGUGUCUCCUGAGAGAGCAAAGGGGGCACUGCGGCUGAGCUCCCAUAGCCAGUUGGUGCCCAUGGUGGGGCCAGUUGAUAAACCAGUGGAUGAGGAGCUCACAAAGACCUACAUGGAUAAAGCAAAACAAGCCAAAUUGAACCGUGGUGAGACACCGCAAGACAAGCAGGUGAAGGAGGCCCGGAAAAAGUGUCGCACCAUUGCCUCUCUGCUGACUGACGCACCUAACCCCCACUCCAAGGGUGUUCUGAUGUUCAAAAAACGCCGUCAGCGCUCCAAGAAGUACACAUUGACCAGUUACGGUAGUGUAGAUGAGGACAUGCAACAAGACUCUCAAGAGGAGGACAGCCACUUCCUUGGAAGUGAAUCUGAGGUGGAUGAGGAGGAGUUCAGUGCAGCACCUGAUCCCACAUGGGACAGUGGCUAUCUGGAUAUUCUAGAGAAGAGAUCAGCAUCUAGAGGCUUGGAAGAAAAUGAAGCAGAGGAUUCUCUGAGCACUGGCCUGAGUGACACCACAGGGAAGGGGGCAAAAUUGUUUGAGCAGCAGAGGAAGAGAGCUAAGGAGCAUGCCAAGAAGAUUUCUAUUGCUCAGGCACAACCGAGUCUGAUGCAGAGCCAAUCCCAGCCUGAAAUUCAAACACAAGGAAUACAGACACAACCAUCAAAUUUGUCUGUACAGGUAAAAAAACAAGUGAAACUCAGUGUCCAGCCACCACCAGUUGCACCAAAGCCCACCAAACCACCAGAGCUGUUGAUGCAAGAGGAAGCUUGUGCUUCCAAGACACAAAUCACAGGAUUCCCACCUCAAGUAAUCCCUUUCACUGUUAAUGAGCAUACUGCCAGCAUACCAGUACCAGUCCAUAGCCUGGUGCCUGUAACAAACCAACCAAUAACUGCUGCAUUGGCUAAGAUGCCUCCACCAACAGCUCCUCUGCCUGAGUUGCCAGCUAGCUCGGUGUUGAACCGCACAGCUCGUCCAUUUGCCCCCGGUUUCAUCAGCCACAGAGCAGCUACAGCACCAGUCAUGUUUCACCCUACCACUGCUAAAAAGACUCCCAGACCAGUCUCAGUGGCAGUGGUGGCCCCUCCUUUCUCAACACCAUCUGAUCAGAAGGUUAUAGAUGUACCUUCUGCCAGUUUCACAGUGAGCCAGAUGAGUGCUAUUGUUCCUGCUGAGGUGUCCUCCAUAUUAGUCUCUGUGCCCACUGACCCUCUCUCAUACUCUGCUAUAGCAGAUCCUGCAGCCUCCCUUACUCCACAUCCUCCUUCAUCAAUGGAGAAUAUUCAGCCUUCUAUCCCACAGACUAUAGUGCCGGAUUCCUCUAUUCCUGCCAGUGGCAUUACAGCUACUCCUCCUGCUAGUCUCACAGAUCCCACUACCAUAGCCUCCAUUGCAUCCUCUCAAUUCACAGCUCCUGAGUCUUCAAUGAUACCUGAUGCCCCCAUGACUUCUGCAGUUCCUGCAAGUCCUGUUGGCUCAAUGACUCCUCUAUCUCCUGUAGUGUAUCAAGAGAAAACCACAGAGAUAGCUCCUGCAGCUGGUGGGAAAACUGGCAUCCUUCAGGAGGCUCGUCGCCGUAGUGCCAGUAAGCCAAUGUUCAAGGUGUUUGACAGCAAGAAAAACUCACCCAAUCCUGAGCUGCUGUCUUUGGUGCAGAAUUUGGAUGAGAGGCAUAAGCAAGCAUACACAGAGCCUGUCUCUGUCACUCAGGAUUCAUACAACUUUGAUGACAGAAGGGGACGGCUCGCACCACCAGUGGCUCCUAAACCACGCAUCAUCCCAGAGAUGUCUCAGAUUCCACAGGCAGAGGGUAAAGGUGCUGAGCUAUUUGCAAGAAGACAGAAUCGCAGAGAUCUCUUUGUGAUAGAUUCUCCUCCAUCACACACUCAGCAGCAGCAGCAGCAGCAGCAGCAGCAGUAUACACAGCCCCAGUCUGCUAUGGCUAUGAUCCAUCCAUGUGAGUCUUCACCUUGGAAGUACUCUCCAAAUGUCCGUGCUCCCCCACCCAUUGGGUACAACCCUCUCCUGUCCCCUUCUUGUCCCCUGGGAUUACAGCGUGGAGGAGCAAAGGCUUCUGAAAGAAGCUCCAAGGUGGGUAAGAGUGGUCAUGGAUUCCAGAAGGAAGGUAUCAAGGCUAUAGACUUCAUAAGGCGGCAGCCUUAUCAACUCAACUCAGCCAUGUUCAGGUUUGGAGGUGACUCAAGCAAACAGUCCUUAGGUCCCUCAUACCAGAGGCAGCCACAGGUGGGUCACACCUUAACCCAACCCAGGCAGGUACCCGUGAAGGCAGCACGUGUGUAUGAGAUCAAACGCUUCUCUACUCCUACUCCUAUGUCAGCUCCAACGAUAAGCCCCACAGUGAUUGCUCCACGUGCACAAACCACUCUGGCUGAACCCCUGUUUCAUUCUGACAUUACCUCCCCUACCCCAGCCACUGCUUCCCCUCCACCUCAGCCUGUACCUGUAAAUACAGCCAUGUCUGCACGAGCUCCAGGUUUGCCAGACCUCCCUAAAAUCUCUGCCACUCCCAUAUUUCUUCCUACUCCAUACUCACCCCCAGAUUCUCUAUCCAGCGUGUCAAGCAUAGGUUGCCAUGGUCUCCAGGCUACCAAACAGUUCAAGAGUGCUCCUGAGCUUAGCUCCCUGCCACCAGUCCCCCUGAAGCCUACAGUCCAGGCACCCAAGCCACGCUUUAUUGCUACACGGAUGGGCAUACAGCCUCAUGUCUGGAGGCCUGGAGCUCUGUAGAAAUGAGUGUGACAUUAAAGAAAGGAUGAGUUCAAUCCUUAUCGUCAUUCAUACAAACAACAGUUCAGAUACAAAUACUGGGCAAAGAAGAGCAACAACAAUUGUAUUGGUUUAUUUGGAGCAACAUGAAACAGACAAAACUUUAAUAAUUGUGGCAAAAAUUGACUGUGCCCCAGGCCUUCUUGCCUGACAGUAAUGCCUGACCUCACUAAUGCUCUUGUGGCUGAAUGGGCAAAUUCCCACAUCCAGGCUCCAAAAUCUAGUGGAAAACCGUCCCAGAAGAGUGGAGGUUAUUAUAACAGCAAAAUGGGGACUAAAUCUAUAAUGGGAUGUUCAACAAGCACAUAUGAGUGUGAUGGUCAGGUGUCCACAAAACAUUGGCCAUAAAGUAUAUUUAGUUAUGAACAUGACUUGUUUAAAAGCACUUACAUUUGAGAAUUCAGAAUUGUAGUCUGAUACUGAAUUUAUUGUACCAUUAUAAGCAAUGUACACAAUGCUCUAUUUAAUUAUCAUCCUUUGUUUGGUACUCAGGUACAAAACCUAAAGACACUCAUCGUAGUACCUAUAAAGCUGGCUAUAUCCAAGUCACUACAUCACAGUAUUUUUAGCCUUUCAAAAUGCAUCUCAUAAUGAAGAUGUGCUCUACACUGUAGCUCAUGUAAGAUAAUCUUUCAGAAAUUUCAGCAGUGUUUUGAGCAGAGCAGAAAAAGCUUAUUAGGGAAACACAACAAACUCCUUACUGAGUCUUAGAUGAAUUGCAGUUAAGGUACUGAAAAAGAACACCACAGUGGAGAAUUGAUUGAUCUGACCAUAAAGAAAUAUCAUUGGGAUUUGAGAUGUUUGACGGUAGACUAUAUUAAAUUGCACAUUUUAAAAGCUACUCACAGUCAAAUCUAUUAUUAUUGGCACCCAUUAAUAGAAUAGGUGAACUACUAUAUAAAAUUAAUAUUUUACACUAUUAUUUACAUUUUGUACUAACACUUGGAGAAAAUGCUUACCUUUCUCUAAAAAUUAGCACUGUUAUUAACAGAAAGAAAGGGGAUCACAAUGAAAACACUGAAAAGCCCUUAUACCCACUAUUAAAUACAAUGGUGUAUUAUUGAUGUCAGGCUAUUUUACUGUAUAGCUAGCAGUGCAGUGUUGAAACUAUACAGCACACUGAUAUGUUAAAACUAAAAAUAUCAGUCACUGUGUACUUCAUUUUAUAUAAUUAUCAUGAACGGUGCCAAAUAUUCUGGAGUUGACUGUAAACUUUCUACUGUAAACUUUCUACCAACUAUCUGUUGGGUCUUUUUGCUGGGACCUAUAAACUUUAUUAAUGUUUGAAAAUGAAAUGGGACAGCAAGGCGCUGGCUAAAGGAAUAAGGUAAGCUGGAUCCCUGCUUCUCAUAAACCAAUCAGAAAUUAUAUCUGUCCUGGCAGACCCUGGAAGGAACAGGUGCAUGAGUGUCACAGCCUAUUUGUGGGAGCAACGUAAACAGCAAACCAACAUCAUCCAAAUGGGCUCUGGCACUUAUGUCUCACUCACAUUCUAAUAAACAAAUAAAAUUUAAUUAAUUCAUUUAUUUAACAUGGAGGUGUGAGAGUUUAAACUAGCAGUGUUAAAGGUUAUGUGGGCAAGACAGUCCAAGGGAUGGGUUUGAAGACCGAGCCUUCCAACUAGUUCUGUGUUCUUAUAUGUGCAGUCACACCAGGCAUGUGUAGUGACCACUCUACAGGACUUUAAAUGGAUAUUAACUAGAUCACUGGAAUUAGAAUUAAGGUUCUUAUUGCCAGUCAUGUUGUAUUUGGGUGCUUUGAGAUGAUGAUAAAUUCCCAGCUACUUGAUUGUAACUUGAAGUGAUAUCUGAGUGUGAGCUCCCAAAGCCACUAGUGAGAGAAAGGAAAGCAGAAAGCGAAGAUGAUGUGUUAGGGUUAUCAAGGCAGCACUGAAGGAAAAAGUAGCAGGUAGUACAGGAACUCAUUACAGGAGCAUAUUAUACUACUGAAUGUAUGAGAUGCUAAGAGAAUAAAAUAAACGAUGAGAUACUAUGGAUAAACAUUAUAUGUUCUUCAAGGCAUAUUUAACUUUUAAUAGACUUACCAUACAACAAAUUAGAUACAGUUUUGAAUGUCACACAAUGAGCUUGUGUUUAUUUACUGCCUCUAUUGAUUUAUGCACUCUUCUGUAAACUAUGCACGUAAAUCUUUAUAAUAAUUAAUUGCACAAACGUUUGCCAGUUUCAUGAAUGUUCAGCAGAUUAAUUGUAGUAGACUGUGGUGAGGAUUAGAUUGUUGGUAUAUGCUAUAAUAUUUGAUAAGUAGAAUCUUGGGUAAAUGGGUGUGCGUGUGUGUGUGCAUAGACAUGUAUGCUGCAGUGAUAGUGGACUGAAUGACUUUUGAUGAAAAGAUGUAUUUUUCAAGAAAUAAAAAUAAACUUCAGUGCUU